CCUCCUCACACACCCCCCCACACACCCACACCCACACCCACGCCCACUCCCUGUCGUUCAACCCGUUUCAAGUGACAGUAAAACUUUGUAAUCGUUGAACAUUCUUGUUUUUUGUUUCGUAUCUUCAAUACCUGAUUUGCAUGAGAAUAUUUUUCACUUAAUUUUAUCAUUCUAUUUUUCUCUAUACUUUAUUUGGCAAGGCAUUCUUAUUCUGAUUUUGCAUGGUAUAAUUUACAUUUUGUUGAUAGUGGCAUAUCUCGAGUUUUUUGAUCAAUGGGUAAAGCUCUCUUGUGUUGAAAAAAUACGAUGGGUGAAAUGGGAAAAGUUUUUAUUGAUAGGCAGAACUGUUUUGCGACCAUCAAAGUACUGAUAGCGUAGAACAGCAAAAUUCCUUUACUGAAAUGUGAAUCAAACUCAAAUAUUAAAUCUGAAUCAAGCGUGUUUUAGUCUAUUUUUAAUGUGUCUGCUUAUAACGAUGACUCUCAAAAGAGAUAUGUCGUGAUAAAAAUAUAUUUGAAGUCUUAUCAUAUUUGCAUCAAGGCUACAUGUUACAAACGUCGAUCAUAUAUUUCAUAGUUAAUCCCACCAUUUCUUUUUGAAUAACCCAGGAAAGUGUUUGUUUUCUCUUGGAGGGUUCCAGUAUUCAAAUGUGGUCGUUGUCUAUAUUAAAAAAAGUACAAAUCUGAAUAUGUCAAAGAUCAAGAGAAAAUGAUGAUCACUCUUUGAUAUAGUGGUUCUGUAAUUCCUAAAUGUUGUUCAAGAGCUCGAAUUCCGUUGCAUCUAAGAUCUAAUGAAAUGGGUGUCUAUGUGGAAAAGUGUAGAGCAUGAUAUGACAGAGAAGAAGAAAAAAUUGAAAGUUACCAUCUUAUUUUGCCUCGCAUCAAGGAGAUCUUGUCUUCCGCCAGAUUCGAUUCUGUUACCAUAGAGACCUAGUUCAAUGAGUGUCUGUGUCAAAAGAAAGUGACGAUGAAGGUAUAGAAGAGAUGAAAACAGAAAAUAAGGGUUACCGUGUUUUGUUUUAAUGCAAUAGCGAGAUAAAAAGCUCCGAAAUCUCCAAUUUCAUUAAUUAUGAGUUCUAGUUUUGUGAGUGUCUAAAUAAAAUAGAGAAGAUGGAGGUUAAAAAAAAUGGAGAGAGAAUGGGAGCCACUGCGUUUUUUUGUAAAGCCGUAGCAAGAUAUUGUGCUCCAGCAUCUUCAAUCUUAUUGUUUCCAAGAUUAAGUAUGGUGAGUGUCUGUAUGAUCAAGUUCAAAUCGCACUAUGAGAGUUAUGAAAAACGAAUGAGGAUCACCUUGUUAUUUUCUAACGCAGUAGCCAAGUAUUGUGUUCCAAUCGACCCGAUUUCAUUGUUUCCGAGAUGCAAUUCGGUGAUUGUCUGUGUAGAACAGUAAAGAUAAAAGCAUGAAACAGAUGAAGAGAAAAUGAGGAUUACCAUGUUAUUUUCUAAUAAAUCACUCAGAUAUUGUGCUCCAACAGAACCGAUUCUAUUGCUUCCAAGAUCAAGAUUGGUGAGUGUCUAUAUGAAAAAAGGCACAUCGAAUAUGAAUCAUAUAGAAUGACAGUUACUGUAUUAUGUCGCAAAGCAUCAGUCAAAUAUUUGGCUCCUUCUUCUAAGAUUUUGUUGUCGUUCAGAUUUAGUUUGACGAGUGUCUAUUUGAAAAUGUGCAGAUUGGAGUACGAGAGAGCUGGAGGAGAAUAAAGAUUACUGUAUUUUUUUGCAAUGCAUCUGCCAGAUAUCGGGCUCCUUCAACUUUGAUUUUGUUACUCCAGAGAGUUAGUGUCGUGAGUGUCUGUAUGAUUAUGUUGAGACAAGAAUAUUAGAGAGAUGAACUAAAUGAUAGAUACCGUAUUAUUUGCUAGGACAGCAGCUAGAUAUUGUGUUCCGACACAUCCGAUUUUGUUGACUCCGAGAUCUAGUUUAGUAAGUGUCUAUAUGAUUAAAUGAAGAUGGAACUAGAAGAGUGAUAAAGAGAAUAAGAUUUACCAUAUUAUUUUCUAAUGCAGCAGCCAGAUGUUGUGCUUCGACAGGUCCGAGUUCAGACCGAUUGAGAUCUAAUACUCUGAGUGUCUGUAUGAUUAAGUGUAAGUGGAGAUAUAAAAGAGAUGAUAGGAUAAUGAACACAACUAGUUGUCUCUUUAUUGUUUUGUAUCAGAUACUUAGCCUCGUACGCCGAUAGUAGUGAGCAAAACAAAUUGGUUUCAAAGCUUUUAUAAGAAUUUGAAUGUAAGCAACAAGACGACCCAUAUCCAAUAAUUUAAAUAGUCACACAUUAAGUGUAUUUAUUUCUUGAAGAUGAAAGAAAUCUGACUCUAUCGAAAAGUUCAAAUUUACCUGGUAUCGAUGAUAGGAGUCCAUAAUUACAUUCAAUCUUGCACAAGCAUUGUGAAUAGAACAAAAUAGUGUAAAGUCAUCAAGCUUGUCCAAUAUGCAAUAAACAAGAUCAACUGGUAAAGCCAAAAAAGCCGAUGAACUCUGGUUAAUCAUAAGUGUUAAUUUCUUUCGCGCAGUGUUUUAUCUAGAAAAUGAGUAAGUACUGAAGUGUUUCCCUCUUAUACCGGUUGGGGUACUGACAACGUGAUAUAAACCUUUACCAUAGUUAUGCAAUUUUUUAUUUUCAUAGAGAACUGAAAAAAAGUCGUGAUAAAGACAAACGAAUCAAAUUUUAAAGCCUGAAUAAUAGAUGUCGAUAUAUUAUGUACAUGUGUGCAUUUAGAAUUCAGUCGAAACCUGAAAAAGUUGAUAGUUGACCAUUUCUUACAGAGAUGAGCACGGUACAGGACCAAAGUCAGAAUGGUGUCUUGCUGACUUUUUGUGUUCCGAUGGGUGAUAGGAUAUAAUAUAGAAGCUUUGUUCUAGUUUGCUUUACUAAUUCAUUCUUUUUUCAAAUGGCUAAGAGUCGUUAAUCUGACUAUCGUUGAAUAGAGAGGUCUAGACUCUUCGAUUUUUGAAAAACGGUGAAAUGCUAGAGUAAAACUGUACUCGGGUGUUUAUUUUAAAAUCUCAAUAUAAGAAAUUUGUCCUGAUCGGACCUGUACAAAUCUAUACCUAAGAUCUCCCACUAUUUUUAUUUGAGUAUAUCCCUAUUAUUGAUCAAAUAAAAAUAUUACUGUACUUAACGUCGCACGUCAUUUAUUGCUUAGUAUUCUUAAAUGCAAAAAAUAUACUAUAGGUGAUCACUUAUUUUAUAAGUACAGUAAAAUCUCUAUUAGUGAACACCUCUCAUAGGUGAACACCUCGCAUUUUGAACAGGGGUUCAGUCCCACGAAGCGAAUUUUACUGAAAAUAUAUCUCCCAUGGGCGAACACCUCCCUACUCCGAAUUUGAACAUGCUUUCACAGUCCCGAUCUGUGUUAUAAUCUCUCUUAGAUGAACACACGUGAAAUUUUUUCUCUCUCUCUCUCCACUCUAUUAUUGUUGACUAGUGAACUAAAAUUCACUAUUCAUUAUUUUUUCGUAACUGCACGUAUCAGGCAAACAAUGACAUCUCGACGUCAUCUUACAUUAAAAGAAAAAAUUUAAUUAAUUAAUGAUAGCAAUAGUGAUAAUGGUUUAUCACAACAUACAUUAACUGAAAAAUAUCAUAUUUCACUUGGUUCUGUAUGUAACAUAUUAAAACGAAAAGAAGAAUAUUUACAUGAUUAUGAAACCAAUCAGAAUCAAAAUGUUAAACGAAAAUUCAGAAAUUUUGAUUCAGGGAAACUUGAUGAACAAGUUUUUGAAUGGUUCGUAGAUCAACGUUUAAAAAAUAUACCAAUAUCUGGAACCAUCUUACAAGAGAAAGCACGAGAAAUAGCUAAAGUAUUAGGUGAUCAUUUUGUUAUAAUUUUUCUACAAAAAAAAAUACGUCAUGGUUCUGAAAAUGUAAUACCAAAUUCAAAUGCACCGAUAGCAAUUACAAAUGCAACCAAUAAUGAUGACUCCAAUUUAUUUUUAUCCAAUGAUUCUGAACAUUUAGAUCAGCUAAACGUUGACCUUAAUAUUAGCAUCGAAAGUAAUGAACUGAAAGUAAUUGAUUCUCGGCCCGAUACCAAUAAAAAUGAUAUCGGCUAUUAUCUGUUAAAUAAAUUGUCAAUAAUUGAUGAAUUGAAAUAUUCUCUGUUAACAAAUCAUUUUAAACCUAAUCGAAAAUAUUCAUUUCCAACGUUAUAUUCGGAUGAUCAUACAUGUUCUCGUCGAUUUCUGAUCAAUUGGUUAAAUGAUAAUCCAUUUCUUGUUUAUUCGCCAUAUAUUGAGGGUGGUUAUUGCAUAAAUUGUGUAUUAUUUCGAAACGUUCAAGGGCAAAAAUUAGAAUUAUUUGUUGAUAAACCUUGUUAUCAAUACAAGCACCUAAAACAUUUUACUACAUCAUGUAAAAGUCAUAUUAAUUCACAGUUUCAUCAGAAUUCAACAAUUGCUACCGAUAAUUUUAUACGUACAUAUAAAGAUCCGUCGUUAUCAAUUGUAUCGUUAAUUGAUAAAGAUAGAAUUGAAAAAAUCAAUCGUAAUAAAGCAAUAUUAACACCAAUUAUAAAAAUAAUAAUUACAUGUGCACGUCAAAAUAUUCCCCUCCGUGGUCACAGAGAUGAAUCAAUUAAUGAUAUAAGACAAGUUAUAAAUGUGGUUGAUGCUCAUUGUGGUUCAAAUUUUAUUGCAUUGCUAAAGCAACGUAUCGAUGCCGGCGAUGAACUUCUUCGUGAACAUAUUCAACUUGGAAAAAAGAAUGCGUUAUACAUUAGUUCAUCAGUUCAGAAUGAAAUUGUUGAUUGCCUACAUAAAUAUAUUUUGAAACAAAUUUUACAUCGCGUACAGAAUUGUUUAUUUUCUAUUAUUGUAGAUGAAACAACAGAUACAUCAACAGCUGAACAAUUAAGCCUUUCAUUACGAUAUUAUGACCAAAAAACAAAUGAUAUACGUGAAGAUUUUUUAACAUUUAUAGAAACUGUUUCAUGUACAGGUGAAACAAUAUCGAAUCUUAUUCUUGAUUAUUUAACAACGCACAAUUUACCAUUUCAUAAUUGUGUUGGUCAAGCAUACGAUGGUGGUUCAAAUAUGGCUGGUAUUUAUCAAGGUUGUCAGGCAUUGAUUAAACAAAAAUGUCCAGAUGCAGAAUAUUAUCAUUGUUCUAAUCAUUGUCUUAAUUUAGCAUUGAUUAAAAGUUGCAGCAUAUUACAAAUUCGUAACAUGAUGGGAACAAUCAAGGAAAUCAUUAAUUUUUUUAAAGAUUCUGCAAAACGAAUGCAUGCUCUUCGGUCUGAAAUUACGGAUUAUCAAGGAGAAUAUGUAUGUUUAACAAAUAAAAAACGUUUAAUUAGUUUAUGCGAUACUCGAUGGAUCGAUAGAAAUACGUCGAUUGAAACGUUUUUAGAAUUAUACAUUCCAAUUGUUAAUACAUUAGAUAAAUUCAGACAUGGAACAUUAAAAGAUUCAACAGCUGAACAAUUAUAUUAUGCUAUUACAAAUUUUCAACAUAUAAUUUCAACUUGCAUUUCAUGUUUUUUAUUAUCAGAUAUUGUUCCUGUUAGUCGUAUGUUACAAAUAGAAACGUUGGAUUUUUCAUCAGCUAAUCAACAUGUUGAUGAUUUAUUAGAAACUUUUGAACAAAGAAAACAGCAGACUCAAGCUUAUUUUCACAAUAUUAUUUACAGCCAUGCGGAUGAAUUAUGUAAAGAACUAUUUGUUACACCAUCGAUUUCUCGAUAUUCAAUAUUAGCUUUGCGACAGAAAAAUAUGCCAAUUUGUGAUCCAGAACAAUUUUAUUGUGAACACGUUUAUUUACCAUUCUUAGAAGAAUUAAUUAAAAAUAUAAAAGUUCGAUUAUGUGUCUUAAAAAAUGAACGGAUUAUUUUAUUGAUCAAAUUGCGACCAGAAGUAAUUAUAAAUGAAAAACCAUUUGAGUUAACAAAACAUUUAUUGAAACAAUUUGCUGAUCGUAUACCUUCACCAUUACAAUUAAAUUCUGAAUUAGAAAGAUGGCAAAAAAAAUGUAAUGAUUUGCUUAAAAUGAAUGAUGAUUGGAAAAAAAAUGGUUAA